AUGGAUCGAAUUUCCGGCGUGAGUUUCUUUGUUAUGUUUUUCACAGCUCUGUUAAUCUCAGUCCGAUCAAUAAGACAUUUGCCAGACAAGAAUCAAUACGAAGUUACUGAAGUCGUCGUCACAGAUGAUUAUGUGCCCGUAUUUGCAAAUAAGGCUUACUCCGAUGACGAUCCAUGUGUUGCAAUCCCAUACUUUCAGCUGCCGUUCUGCCCUCCAGGAAAUCCGGUAAAGAAUAGGAAGAAAUCCUUGCAAGAAAUCAUGGAGGGUGACUGCUUCACCAAUACUCAAUAUGAGCUGAAUUUUAAAGUUGAUAAAAAUGAAGAAACUCUUUGUGAGAAGAACUUGACAAGAGAUGAAGUAGCAAAGUUUAGGUAUGCUAUCAAAAAUGAGUUUGGAUAUCAGAUGUACUAUAAUGGCAUCAAAUUGUACGGUCGUGUAGGCCAUAUUGUAGAAGGCACCAGGACCUUUGAUCCAAAAUAUUGGUAUUUUCUUUUCUUACACAUCACCUUCGAUGUCUAUUACGUUGGAAACAAAGUUCAGAAGAUCCACAUUGUGAGUGACUCCCAUUCAUCUACUGGUCUACCUGGAGAUAUUGAUGGCAAGAAUGUCAAGUUCACUUAUUCUGUAUUCUGGAAGAACCAAGGAGUUGAUUCAAUGGAUAAACGUGAGCAUGAUCCGAACUUGCUUGAAGAGCAGCAAGAAAAACUGGAUUUCAUAUAUUCAGUCCUAUAUUUUUGUUCAAUCAUUGCCUUCUGGAUUGGGUUGCUUCUUUCAGUGAUUGUAUUAUACCUCAGGAAUUAUUUCAGCCGGUAUUUCAAUAGAGAUGUAAGAGAAGCCAGAAGGCAGAUACAUAUGAGGCAAAUCCAUGGUGAAGCAUGCAGGUGUCCUCCAUACCCCUCUUUACUUGGUGCCAUCCUGGGCAUUGGCACUCAGCAAUUCAUUCUAUGUUGCACCCUAUUCGUACUGGUAUAUAAAGGGGAUCUAUUUCCCUGCAAUCAGAAUGCUUUGCUUGCUUAUCUUCUUGUGAUAUAUUGGUUCACAUCUGCGGUUUCUGGGUACAUUGCGACUUCAUUUCACAGUCAAUAUACUGAAGAUGGAUGGCAAGAAUGUGUUUUCCAGACCGGGACUCUGUAUCUUGUGCCAGCAAUUGUAACAUUUCUUAUAGUGAAUAUAUUAGAACAAGUAAAUGAAGGGAUCUCAGAUCUCCCUCGAUCUUAUACCACAUUGUGGAUGCUUUUCUCAUGGGGAUUAGGCACAUUCGCAUUUUUAAGUGUGGGCGGCAUGAUUGGACAUGUUGUUAGAGCUAAAGCUCAACCACCUUGCGCAACCAGCAGAAUCCCAAGGGCGGUUAAUCCUCAACUGUCUUGGUACACAAAGACACCUGCUCAAGUGUUUUUGGGGGGGCUUUUACCUUUCAUAACAGUCUUCUGGGAUAUGGACUACAUAUAUGCAAGCCUGUGGAACCAAAAAGUCUGUGGCGCAUUCAGCACUCUGCUUACGAACUUCAUUGUGGUCAGUAUAGCAACUAUUAUUGUGGCUAUGAGUUUAACAUAUAUUCAACUCUGCCAGCAAGAUCAACAAUGGGCAUGGAGAUCUGUGCUUCGGGGUGGAUCAGCUGCCAUCUUCAUGUUUGCUUACGGCGUCUACUUCCAUGUCAGAGCAGAUCGGUUUAGACCCAUGAAGCUUCUCUACUUCAUGGGCUAUAACGCUUGCAUAUUCUAUGCUUUCUUCCUGGUACUUGGAGCUAUUAGCUUUCAUGCUUCUCAAUCUGUUUUUCGCUUCAUGUACCACGGAGCCCUCAAGGACGAGUGAAUGAAUCCAUUUCUCUAUCAUGUGUUCCACUGAAACUAGACCAUCUUUCAGCCAUUGCUUCUCCAAUACACUUCUGCCAAUUCUGUUAGUUUCACCAUUUCAUUGAUUAGGUAGCCCAUACAUCUCAAGCAAGCUCACAAAGGACAAGUCUUAUCCUUGCAAUCCCUGAAAAAAAAAUUUGGUUUCACAAAGUUCAUAUAGCUACAUUGUGUUGAAAGACUGUAUAGAUACAAAAAUACAUUACUGUAUUUUGUGAUUGUGAAAAACCCGGAUUGAUGGGUAUGCUUAAUUGA